CGAUUGUCCUCACAUCGGGAGUGCUGUUCGGGACAACGGAAUCAGCCGAUGUAUGCCGACAUUUUCCGGGCCCGUUUGUUAUUGUUGUAUGCUGGGGAGGACGAGACCCGACACAUAUCGCCCUAUUUGGAAGCAGUGUACACACCUGCAUUCGAAUAAGGCACAUCAAAAUGUGGAAUAUCCUAGAAUAAUUUGGAGUACUGAAAUUGUAGUCGUUGCUUUUAUUCAUCACACGAAGAUUGAAAAUUUUGUGGUAGAAAGCUUGUGAGACAAGACUGACAAACGUCUGCUUCAUUUCGUCGACCAACCCUUUGUAGGGUUGGACUCGCCAAGCGGGGUCUACGUUUGCGUGUGAACUCUAAUAUAUAUUCUUUUGACCAUGGACUUAAUGUUUGAAUGGGAAUAUGAAGGGGAUAGGUUUUCAUUCGAGGAUAGUGAUAGGUUUGAGGAAGAUUCGUUGUGUUCGUGGGGAAGUGAACCCGAAAGUGUCUGCAAUAACUGGAGAGGUUGGAAGAGACAAAAUGGUGGCCCCAACGUAGGCGCAGGCAGGGAGAGACAAGUAUCGCCUUUGGCAGAAUUGUCAGCCAAAGCUGUUGCUUGCCACAUCCCUUUUGAGGUAGUUGAACGUUUUCCAGAGCCUAUUCCAGAACCGGUUCAGCUACGUAUAGCUUUUUGGAGUUUUCCAGAAAGUGAAGAAGAUAUACGAUUGUAUUCAUGUUUAGCAAAUGGCAGUGCAGAUGAGUUCACCAAAGGGGAACACCUGUACAAGAAUAAAUCAGUUAAGGAUACUUUACAGAUAGGUUUUCAUUUAAGUGGGACAGUAGUCACAGUGCAAAAUGUUGCUCAAGGUCAGAGUAAGGGCAGCUUCAAUGUGGCUGUUGUGUUUGACAGACGCAGGAUCUCCGGCUGUACGUGCACCUGUGGAAGUUCAGCCAGUUGGUGUGCCCACAUUGUGGCCCUCUGUCUGUUCAGGAUCAAAGAGGCCAGCUCUGUGUGCCUGCGAGCACCUGUGUCUGAAUCCUUGUCCCGGCUACACAGAGAUCAGCUUCAGAAGUUUGCCCAGUACCUCAUCAGUGAGCUGCCACAACAGAUCUUGCCGACAGCUCAGCAGAUCUUGGAUGAGUUGCUUUCUUCCCAAGAAACCGCCAUGAAUACAGAGUACGGAGCACCAGAUCCGACCGCUGGACCGUCCGCUAGUGAGCAGACCUCUUGGUCCUUGGAUGAGUCUGCACUCCAUGAAAACAUUAAAAAGACUCUGGUCAAGUUCUGUAUACCUUCACCUAUGGUUUUCAGUGAUGUGAACUACCUGACGGCCAGUGCUCCCCCUGCUGCAACAGAGUGGCAAAGUUUGCUGAGACCAUUGAGAGGAAGAGAGCCAGAGGGCAUGUGGAAUCUGCUGUCUAUUGUGAGGGAGAUGUUCCGACGACAUGACAGCAACUCUGUGCCCUUGCUGGAGAUUUUGACUGAUGAGGUUCUGCAGUGUGAACAGAUCUUGAUCUGGUGGUUCAUCACAAAAGUGUCACCAUGCAACAAUGCAACAGUCAUUCACUGCAGUAGAAGUGGCAACACAGCCAAUGCGACACAGAAUGCGGCCUCCAGCCUCUGCGAUGAAAUUGUCACUUUGUGGAGGCUGGCUACGCUGAACCCGAAGCUGUCCCCAAAUCAGCGACAGGAUAUGCUGGCCAAAUUUCGAGACUGGCACAUAAGCACUAUUGAGAAAGUGCGUAAAUUUCGAAACAAUUCUUCCAAUAAUGCUGCGAGUGGCCUCAAGAAAGGUGACAUUGAGAAUUUUCCAGGCUUCAAACCUGCUAUUGAAGCUUGUGCUUUGACGUGGGAAGAUUAUCCCAUUCCUGGUAUUACUUACUCUGCAAAAGACAGCUCUAGGUUUUACUACCACUUUGGUUCCAACAAACCUCAUGAUAGUGACUGUAAAAAACCUUCCCGGGUCCAGCCGGUGACUAUAUGCUCUCAGGACAUCAUCAGCACGGAUAAUCCCAGUAGAAAUCUUGCUCAUUCCCAACGAUCUCAGGAGGUGCGGGGCAGUCGUGGCCGGCCAGCUGACCCUCGCCCAUCCCACCCUUCCCGACGCGACUCGGGCCAUGAUGGUGCUAUGAGCUCUGGCUCUGAGGGUUUCUGUGAGCCAGAGAGGGGCUUCAGGGACUCCGAUUCUAGUGGGGACUACAAAGGCAACCCUUCGAGAAGUAAUUCCUUUGAGGAGGUGGACUCUCUGCAUAGUUAUGCUCCGAAAUCAUCAUCCAUUCCUGCGUUGUCAAAAGUAGCAGUUUCCUCUUCCUCCCCUCUAAGCAAUUCUCAGCUUUUGAUAGCAGCCAGACAACCAUCUCUGGAGAUUGAUGUUUUUGACGAAAGCAUUGCAGACUUGGACGGUGGUAUCGGCGAUAUUGCUCCCAAUGUAAAUCCGAAGAAUCCCAGCAACAUGUUGCCUGCCCUUGGAGCAUAUGCGUACCCCCCACCCAACUGUCAGCCCGUGUCACACUCUAUGGCUGCUGCUGCAAACGCUGCUGCUGCUGCUACCGCCCCGUCCUCCUCCUCUUCCAUGUUUGUGUCUAGUCUUCAGUCAUCCUCAGGGUCUACACCUCCAGCGGAGUUGGCGGUGAAUGCUGUUGCCAAACAGGGUCCUCCUGAAAAUCCAGAAGCUCAGCAGUCCAGUGAUGAGUACCAGAUUUACUACUAUGAUACCAAGGCGAAAGUCACGGAUGCUGACAAGAAAAAAAAGGAGAAAGCAGACGAGCCUAAUGUCUUUGCAGGUCUCAAGAGUGCUGAAAAUAUGCAAGAUGAUGAUUCUGAUUCUGAUACUGAUUCUGAAUGUGAUACUGAAAUGGAGAUCCUGUUUGCUAGAGCAGAAGCGCUGCAUGCUCAUGGCCACACAAAAGAUGCUUCACGUUUAGCACAGAGGCUGGCAGAAGAAAUGCUGAGCAAUCCUCCAGACCUAUUGGCUGAUUCUGCUAGCGCACCAUCUCCCAAAUGUGAAGCUGGCUCAUCAGGAAACAGAACUUCUUCAGCUUCUAAAGAAGAUCCCGCUUGGUGUGAAAGAGAUGAAGGAAAUUCGGUUCCGGGCUGAACGGCUGCGUGAUGGCGCCCUGAAGUCGCGAGGAGAAGCUCUGCUGCCUCUCAGUUUGGCUACCUUCAUCUUUGAGACGCUUUGCGUGCCAGCUUGCCUCGCCUACACACCUGAUGAAAAACUGGGUUUUGAAGCUGCAGUAACAGCUUUAGGCAUGAAAGCCAAUAUUGCCGAAGCUGAUCAUCCCUUGUUGUGUGAGAGCACCCGCAGGCAGAGAGGAGAGCUGGCCAUUGCCAUGCUGGUACACUACAAGGAUGAUCAAGUCAAGUUGAGUAAGAUCAUGGAGAAGCUGCUUGACAAGGAGGUGCACCAACAGUACAAAGCUCCCAGCCUGUUGACCUACCUGUCUGGUCACAAGCAGCCAUGCUCCAGCCACGGCGCAGCUGUGUCGCAGUCUGGCAGCCAGCGGAGUAGUGAGUCUGGCAGCUCAUCUGGGUACCGCAGUCAGGGCGGUGGUCGGGCUGACCUAUACUAUAAUCUGGUGGUGCGGGAGAGGAAUGGUGCAGCUGGGACGCGUUCUGAAAGCCGUACGGAGCGGGGACUGUGGAGGGAGGACAGGCCUGACUCUGGCACCAGCACCGACAACACUGCCACUCCAGUGGGUGCGUCUGCUUCUUCCACGCCAAAUGGAGGGGCCAGGCCCAAGACCAAUUUCUCUCUCAGAUAUAACAGUGGUAAAGAUACUGACAGCUCAGCUAUGGAGGAAGAAGAUGACCUGAAAGCACUGGAAGCCAAGAUAAGGUGUAUGGGCAUGAAGAAAAAACCAUCACAAGGUAUGGCCAGUAUAGACAGCAGUGCACCAGAGACGACGUCUAGUGACAACUCUCCCACUCUGAUCCGGAGGAACUUUGCCAAGCACCAGGGUCCUGGCAGUGACAGUGGAAGCAGUGGGGAGAGCGACUCACUGGGCUCCAGUAGCAGUGGGGACAAAGGUGUCCGCGCACAGGCCAGGGAUAAUGAGAGCCCUCCAAGUCCCUAUUUGAACCGGAUGUUGUUACCCCAGGCACUGAUGGACUCGAGAGGACAAGUCAGUGGAAAGAACAUCAGGUACAAAGGCCGACAGAGGAUCAUGCCCACAGUACCCAACCAACCGAGUGAAGCUGGGUACCAUUUCAUGUUUGAACUGGCCAAGACUGUGCUGCAGAAGGCUGGAGGCACCUCCUCCACCUCUCUGUUCACACAGCCCAGUAGCAACACCGGCCACACCGGACCACACAGGAACCUGCAUCUCUGCGCUUUCCAGAUUGGACUCUAUGCAUUGGGCUUGAGUAACUGUGUGGCUCCCAACUGGCUCUCCAGGACCUAUUCAUCUCACGUGUCCUGGAUCACAGGUCAGGCCACAGAAAUCGGCAGUGCUGCAAUCCGCAUGAUCGUCGACACGUGGGAGGGUCACCUGACCCCACCAGAAGCAGCCUCAUUGGCUGACAGAGCAUCCCGAGGUGGCGACCCCACCAUGGUGCGUGUGGCCGCGGAGCUGGCUCUGUCGUGUCUGCCUCACGCCCAUGCCCUCAACCCCACGGAGGUCCAGCGGGCUCUGUAUCAGUGCAAGGAGCAGAGCCGCGACAUGCUGGAGAAGGCCUGUCUUGCUGUGGAGACAGCUGCAGAGGGAGGCGGAGUCUUCCCAGAGGUAUUGUUUGAGGUUGCUCGCCACUGGUACGAGUUGUCUGAGGAAGCCAGCCAGAACUCCCCUGAUUCAAUGGACAGUAGUGAUGGUAGCAGCCACACUCUCAGAGGGAGGAGAGAGUCUGGAAGUCCUGCUUCUCAUGCUUCCACUGAUCCAGGAUCCUCAAGUAGCGAUCGGACAAGUCCCAGCAGUGGGCCCAAGUCCAACCACUACAGCACAGUAGCAGGGGUGGCGGUCCACAGCAGCCAGUCCCCAGCCCACAGCCAACAGCAGGUGGCCUCCCCUGUGUCUUCCUCCCCUCAGCUCAUCCCCAGCUCCACGCCGCACCUGCCCCCGCAGACAGUUGUCCUGGUGCCCGCCCACAGUGCCGGCCCACCCCCGCUGGGAGCCCACUAUGUCCAGCCCUACAACUAUGUCCAGCCUGUGACCACCGCUACCCCACCCCCCGGGGCCUUCUCCCACCACCAGUUCCCACACUCUCCCAGUGGCCAGCACUCGCACCAUGCCAUCCACAGCCACAACCUGCAUCCCCACACGGCCUAUGUGGCCUCCUACACCUACCCCACGCAGGCUUCCUUCACCAGUCUGCCACCCAACAUGUACCACACCGGGAAUGCUCCACACUUGCGAGCUCUGCCACCUGUGCAGGUUUUCUCUAGCCAGCCUCACCCGGCCAUGCAUGCUAUGCACCCUGUUGAGGUGGUCACUACCAGCCCACCAUCUGGCAAUCCUUCCCCAGUGCAGAAUUCCACUGUGGCUGUCCCACAGGUCCAGCCAUGCACCCACAAUCAGUUGCAGCUGAACUACUUGAUGGCUGCAUUCAGAACUGGCAUGCUGGCCAUGGAGACCUUGUCCCGAAGAGUGCACGACGACCGUCCGCAGACCAAGUAUGCGAGGAACCCACCGUACGGAGAAGACGUCAAGUGGCUUCUCUCUAGUGUGGCUAUCAAACUGGGAACCACUUUUCUGCAGCAGUUCUGUGCUAGUGCUGUGAAUGCAGUCGUCAGUCCCUUCAUUCUCUACGACCUGGCAAUGGAAGCAGCUCGGUUCCUAGCUCGUAACAACCCAACACACGUCCCCACUCAGCUGAGGUCCAAUAUACUCAACUCCCUGUUCCAGAAAUGUCUGCAAAUGUUUAUUCAGUGUGCCCUCCAGCGCAUCCAUCACAUCAACAAUGCCGACUAUGACGAGUUUGUCAGCAUUGUCUGCAAUGCACGCAACGCUUUCUACUUGGCCCCAGGAGGUAUAGUCCAGUUCAAUGAGCUACUGCAGAGUCUGCGCCGAUCUAAAUCGUGUCGCAAAGAUCUAUGGCAGAGAAUUGUCAAUGGACUGGCCAGUGGCAGUGUAUGAUGCUACCCAACUUGUAGGUGCUCACAUGUCACUGGAAAUAUUUAGAUUAUUUAUUGAACUGAGAAACAUUGUCAUUGUGCCCUACUCUAAUUUAUUCAUCUAAUGAAAAAUUCAUUGCAUUGUGUUGAUUAUGUUAUUACAUGUUGUUCUCCAACAGAGAUUUAAAGGUUGAUUACAUCAAAUGGCUGCGGAGGAAUGGGUGUUUUUUAAAUUGAAAUAUGCGUCACUUCUUUUUGGUAUUCAAAUGACAUACUAAUGGGGGUGAUUAAGUCUGUACCGUUAUUUAUUUAUUCAUUCCUUUGAAACGUUAGUUUUCAUGAACUUUUAUACAUCUGUUAUCAUUAAUAAAUAUAAAGUGUUUCAGAGACUAUUUCUCCUAUAGUUUGAACCAUAAACAAAAUUGUUUAAUCAUUAUUUCCUUGCUAAAAAUUCAAAAUGCACUGUUACAUACCAGCACGCUGCCUUCUUGACUUACAAUUAACAGUUCAUUUGGAGGCAAAAUUUUCAAACGAAAAGGAGUCCCAUAAUUUUUUUCUUCCAUUUUGUGUGAGUAUACCACUGGGAAUUGUAUCCAAUUUUGUCCGUCAUGGUUUACAUAAUGAAUUUGCUUAGAUAGACUCUUUUUGUCCUUAUCCAGGAUUAUGAAUGGUAUCUUUGUCAGUGCCAUAUGAAGUGACCUUACAUUUAAUGCUUUUAGUGGAAUUUUUUUUAUUACACUAAGGUAGAGGCUUUUGCAGGAGCUGUAUAACAUGUGGAGUUGUUUUAGACAAAUGGAAUGCGAUCUUUUGGUAUUGUGUAUUAGGAAAGUCUUUGCUGAUUGAAUACAAUCCAUAGUGGUAAAUAAUGAUAACCGAGACCCAACUCAUAGUACGUCAACAAUAAUGUCCUCUGAGAUGACAAACUAUACAUGAUCACAUGUGUGAGGGUAAAAAACAAAACCAAAAAAAAAAAAGAGUUAAAAGUGUAUCAGUUUUCUUCGGUUUUAUUGCAUGGAUGGUGGAAACUGAUGUAGCUGAUUUGUGUGUAGUUUUUUGGUUGAUUCGGGCAGUUGUUUGAGUUGCUGUCUCAGUUCUGAAGAUUGGGACUUUGAUUUAGACUAAAGAUUUUGGGCUUUUUCCUAAAAAUGUUUUUAAAAAAUCAUUUACUGCGCACUGCAAUUGUAAAUUGAGGUACAAUUUUAUACAUCUCACAGAAUGGUGUUUGGACAGUUUACAGAGGUGCUAGUUGUGAAUACGUUUAAUAAGGUACUGCUCAGGCUAGAGAGAAAAGCACUGAAAAUUGGUUGCUUUUUGUGAGGUCUAUGCUUGGACAUUUGUUAUGGCUUGUUCACUUUCGUAUGUGUCUGUGAGUUAAAAAAUUUCCAGCUCAUUCAUUUACCUAUGACCUUGUAACAUUGCAUAGCACUUCUGCAGACCUGCGACCGAAUAAAAUUAUUUUUCCAAUAUCCUGAUUCAGUAAUAAAAAAGUUUCUCUAUUUGGGCCCUAUAUUAGGGUUACUAAGAUAAAUGAUUUACAGUAACUUAGCCUACAAAUUGCACAUCUUGAGAAAGCGACACCACUCUGCCCCUACAUUUUAGUGUAAGCCUGCAGGUUUCAUCUUAUAACUGUCUAGACGUCUCCUGUCUGUUGAGUCGUGUUUCAUAGGUGUUCAUUAAAUGGGGUGUAGAUAAAAAAUAAGGUCAAUUUUUUUUUUAAUUUGGGGGGGGGGCUAAUGUCAAAGAUAACACGUAGGAACCUUAGUUUGCUGUGACCUUCAUGAAUGGACGUUUUAGAUUCUGUUGGUCAUCCAACUUUUUAACUCUUUUUCAAAGAACUGAAAAGAUAAAAUAUAGUGAUUUAAUUUUAUCAUGCUUUUACUGCGGACGGAUGAAAGUUAAGAAGCUACAACAGUAUCUACUUUAUAUAGAUUUAUGCUUACUCGUGAAGUGAUCUGUUAGUGAAAGAUAAAGCUGAUUUCAUUGUAAUAUAAAGAUGUCUUGCUCAUUUCUUCUGAAUUUGGCUUUUAUUUUACUGAAGCAUUCAAAAUGUUUGUUCACAAUAAAUACUUUUUGAGGAGAAAUGGUUUGCAUAUUUAAGACAAAGAAUCGCUAUUUUAAAAAUCCAGGGUUUUUGCACUUUUAGUAUUUAUUUAAUUUUUAUUUGACUAAAACUCCCAAAAAAAUGAUUAAAAAGGCAUGGAAGUGCUGUUAAGAACAAAAAUUUGUUUUUAUGUAGCUUCUCUUCAGCAGUACAUCAGCCCCCUCAGACUGGGGGAACACUGAUGUCAUUUAUUUAUUUAUGUGCUCCAGGCCUGUCUCAGCCGAUUGCUUUGUAAAUUCAGAUUUGUAAAUGAAUAGAGCUUGAAUUACACAGAAUGGGUUAGUUUUAUUUUUCUCAGGAGGUAUGAGACAAAGCUGAGGGUUGAAUUAUGUGCUCCAGUGUUGUUGGGCCAGACGACAGAGUGAGAUUUACUCCACUUUGCCCCCCCCCCCCAUAUUUCUGUGUCCCAUCAUUCAUAACAACUUUAGGAAACCUGCUUGUUGAGUUGCUAAGAAUAUUGUCAAUUUUGAGAGCGUAGUUGUUGAAUGUUUUUUCUCACUUUUGGGUUGAAUGCUGAAAAUGAUUCAGGAAGUACAGAAGGGGAAAAUUAUUGUGUGCCAUUGAGAUGCAUAAUGUAUUUUACCACAAAGUUAUGUUUUUUAAAAUAUAUAUAAAUAUAAAGUAAGCUUUUGAUUGACAGUUGUAUCUAGUGUGUCACCGAAAGCUGUUGGUUAAUUCAGGCUUUGUCAUAAUGUCACAUAUUUUUGUUUCUUUUUUUGCUGUACUUUGGUAUCAGAUAAAUAUUUAUUGGCUUCCAUUGGCUUGCUGAGAAUUCCUGGUGGAUUUGUAAUUUUGGAAAGGUAGAAGUAAUUUUAAGUGGUUUGUUUUAUUUCAUGCUAGAGUAGAAUUUAGUUAAGUAGCUAGCUCUAUUUCAAACGUGGUAGUUGUCAGCAAGCUACUUCUGGUUUUGUCCUUUUCACAAGAGGAAUCCAAGCACUAUCGCUUUGAUCUUACCCUACUAAGUCAUUCUUUUGUAUUUCCCAUAGCAGUAAAGAUACAAAGGUUAAUCUAGUCUGUUGAACACAGGGACAUAUCUAUUGAUCUGAAAAAAAGAAAAGUAGAAAAAAAAAAUUUCUCUGAACUUUGCAUUUUUCUCUUUGAUUAUUUAUUUAUGUGAGUAUACAUGUGUGUAUGCUUAAUAAUGAUCAUCCUUUUCAUAACAGUACAUUACAUAUUGCAUAUAUAUUUAUAUACUAAAUCAAUAUAUUGUUGUUUACACUGGAUAGUAGCAUAGAAAUUGGUGGUGUGUACUGUGUCUUGGUUCUGAGUGUUUGAUGUGUCGCUGUCUUUUUUCUCACCAGUUUCUGACUUUACGCACUUGAAACUGUAGUAACAUUGCGUUGACACCUGUACAGUGACCGUCCCCACCCCCCCACACACACCUCUAAGUUUUGGUGUAGAAAUCAGGGAUUUUAUUAUUUUCAUUUCAUCAAGAUUUUUUUUUCGGCGUCUGUGUCUGCGAUUUUUUUUUCCUUUCCAUUUCACAUCAUGAAGAGGGCUUUUUUUCCUUCAUCUUUAUAAAAUUGGCACUUUGAUGUACUGUAGGGUUCUUUAAUUUAUCUCUCCAUAAUAUAAGUGCAAUGUAUUUUUUAUUGGGCUAUGGUUACUGGAUGGAUAGUGUUAAGAAGUCUAGGGUUGAGUGUUUCAGCUUUGUCUUGCUUUGUCACAGAUUCUCAGCAGGAAAUUCCGGGAUGUGAAAGUUUCAAAAUUUGUUAAGGAGGUCUGAAAUUUCUUAAUAAAAUGUUUGAAAGGAGCUAUGCAGAUGAAAGAAAUGCAUGAUUUCAAAAUAACUAGCUUUAUUGAUUUGUUAAAUGAAAUAAAAGUUCCUUAAGAGUAAUUAUGAUGGAUUGUGGAUGAUGGAGAAAUAGAUGAAUGGUCCAAAAUAAAGAAGAGGUGUUGCAGAGAAACCUGCCAAAAAACAUAGACUGGUUUUGGAUAAAAAGCUCCAAAGUUUUAUUGGGGUUUUUUUUCUGAAUUCUCUCCAAUCAUUCCUGUGGCACUUUGCCUCCCCUUAGAACCAACAGCAAGUUUCAUCGACGUUUUUGUUACGUCUCCUCGCAAUAGUGCGAAAAAGGCAUUAAAGCUAAACUGUUUUGGUACUGGCUUUAUGAUUUAUAGCUUGCCAAAUAAAUGGUACUUUUGUUUCAGGAAAACUCUACAGAGAUUCGGUCUGUCUAGGAGUAUGUGUUCUGUAAUACAGUUGAUGUCGAUAUUAUGUUUCAGUUUUAAAACAAUUUUUUGUAAAGUGUGAAGUGUGUAGACAAAUUAUAUGGGGGUUUUAUCAGAAGAUCUUUUGGAACUUGAUCAGGCAUGUUCAUCAGCUGUCAUCUAUAAAUUUUGUAAAAAGAAAACUGUUUUGUGCAGUGUGGAGGUGUUUGUUUGAUGGAAGCUCAUUAUUGUAGUAUGUCAGAAGUUUACUAGAUAACCCAGUCAGUCAAGUUCAUCUGUUAAGAGACAUACCUUUUUCAUCAGUUAUCUUCUCAACACGUUUAUGUUCCAUGUUUAGUUAACAGUUGUGCAACAUAUGGUUUCUACCUGAAAAAUUGGGUAUAUUACUUCUAAUUAGACAGUUUAACUGGAUUCUACAGUUUGAAUGUAAUCCUAUUUGACACAAAGUCAGUCAUUUUGAAAGUGUGUCAUUUUCCCCUGUGCUUAAUGUAAAAUGGUGUUGUAGGUGACUCAGAUAAAACAGUGUGACUUGUUCACAAAAAUGGUGAGCAAAGUUGCUGUGGUCUAAGAUAUGAGUGGAGUGUGAAUAGCUACUGGUCUGGUUCCUGUGCUUCUUGGUGCAAAGAGUGUAAUAGCAGACAUUAGUAAAUGUCCAGAUGGUUUCCUGUGUCUGGAGAGAACCAGAUAGUGGUGUCUUGUUGAUAUUUUUAGAAGGGGAUUUUUUUGUUAUUACGCAAAGCUCAAAGGAGUUUGUCUGUUGUUUUCUUUGUCCAGAAAUAAAUGACUCUGUACAGGUUAAAAUAGCUUGUUAUGUCAUUCUAAUGAGUUGUAACAUACGUUCUCUGACUUUGAUGGAAAUCAAACUUUACAUAUUGUCAUUUUAUGAAUAAUGAAUGCAGCCGUAAAGUCAGUGUAGGCUCUUCAUUUGGAGUAUUCAUGAUCUCACAGAUAUCAUAGUGUACAAAUUCACUUGAACUAUAUAAACCAUGACUGAAGACUUUUCCAUCAUUUUGCGGUAUCAUAUGUCAUACUUCGUGUAUAGUCUAUCAUUGGAUUUCAGCUCGAAGCACCCAUCGUCGUCCAUACUUAAUACUUCAUCUUUGUUCUUAUCUUCGAGCAUGUGUACAGAACUUGAUUUGUUCAUAGUAAUGAGUAAAUUUACUGCUUUUAGUUACUUUACACCGAAGGGUAAAAGUCCAUAGGGACAAGGCUUGUAAGAGCAACGACAACAGCACGAAGUAUAUCAUUGAUUGGCAGAGACAUUUCUCUAUUAGAGGCUUACUUUUUCAUUAUAGAUUUAAAUAAUUGUUGUCUCUUGUAAAGGGCUUAUCACGCCGUUUAAAGCAGCAUGAAAGUUUAACAGUCAGUAGUUGCUAUUGGGUUUUCUCUGUGACGUAUAUCAUCUGAACACCCCCCACCCCUCUCCCCAGUUCAGUAUAGUAUAGUCAAAAUAUUUUGAUAACAAUUGUUAUGCCAUUGUUAAGUCCAUUGUAGAUGUUGAUAUACAAGAAGGUAGUAUUGGUAAUGAGGGCUGUAAUGGGUAUGGGCUUGUUGGAUGUAUUCUUCUUUAAUUUUCUGGGUUAAAUUUCUCUGUGAAUGAUGUAACAAAAAUUAACCUGUUGUGAUUUGUGUCUUGUCGACAUCAUCAUUGUCUCUUACCUCGGAGAUCUUGACCUCCCAAGCUCUUGAGUUAUCCUCCUGCCAUCUCGUCCAUGAAUUUCCCAUCUUGCAUACACAGUCCUGAAGUAAGGUCCAACUUCACAUCAUUUGCUCUUGUUGUAUAGAAAUCAAAAAAGAAAAAGUAUAGCUUGUCUGUAUAGUAAAAA